GUGAGGGCUCCUAUAUAUAACUCGGCUCUAGGUGUACAUGAGGCAGAUCUUUUUAAGACAGCGGCUACCCUGAUUAGUUUUAUCUACCCAGCACAAAAUCCAGACCUCCUGAAAAAACUUGCAGAACAAAAGGCUACCGUCUUGGCUAUGGAUCAGGUUCCAUGGGUCACCAUUGCUCAGGGAUAUGAUGCACUCAGUUCCAUGGCCAACAUUGCUGGUUACAAGGCUGUAGUACUGGCAGCAAAUCACUUUGGUCAAUUUUUCACGGGUCAGAUCACAGCUGCUGGUAAAGUUCCUCCAGCAAAGGUCUUGAUCAUUGGAGGAGGAGUUGCUGGUCUGGCUUCUGCAGGAGCAGCUAAAUCAAUGGGUGCAGUUGUUCGUGGAUUUGAUACGAGAGCUGCAGCUCUGGAACAGUUCAAGUCUCUUGGUGCUGAGCCUUUGGCAGUAGACUUAAAGGAAUCUGGAGAGGGACAAGGUGGUUAUGCUAAAGAAAUGUCCAAAGAAUUUAUUGAAGCUGAAAUGACACUCUUUGCCAAACAGUGCCAAGACAUUGAUAUUAUCAUCACUACAGCACUUAUUCCAGGCAAAAAAGCUCCCAUCUUGUUUAAGAAAGAUAUGAUUGAAUCAAUGAAGGAAGGUUCAGUUGUUGUGGAUUUAGCAGCAGAAGCAGGGGGAAACAUUGAGACCACAAAGCCUGGAGAAAUGUAUGUUCAUAAGGGUGUUACACACAUUGGCUACACAGACAUGCCUAGCAGAAUGGCUACUCAGGCCAGUACUCUGUAUUCCAAUAAUAUUAUCAAACUUCUAAAGGCUAUUAGUCCUGACAAAGAGAACUUCUACUUCGAUCCAAAAGAUGAAUUUGAUUAUGGGACUCUGGAUCAUGUUAUUAGAGGAACUGUAGUAAUGAAGGAUGGCAAGGUGAUUUUCCCAGCACCUCCACCAAAUAAUAUUCCCCAAGGAGCCCCUGUGAAGCAGAAGACUGUAGCAGAGCUGGAAGCGGAAAAAGCAGCUACUAUUACACCUUUUAGAAAAACUAUGACUAGUGCAUCUGUAUACACAGCAGGUUUAGUGGGCAUGUUAGGACUGGGCAUCAUAGCUCCUAAUACUGCUUUCACACAAAUGGUGAUGACGUUUGGCCUAGCUGGAAUAGUGGGGUACCAUACAGUAUGGGGUGUGACUCCCGCUCUUCACUCUCCACUCAUGUCAGUGACUAAUGCUAUCUCUGGCUUGUCCUCC